AUGGCACAAAACUUUUCACCAAUUCCCGUCGAGAUGCACGCUACUAGCUUAACGAUACAAUUAGCCAGCAUUGAAGAAGAGAAGUUGAAUACACAAGCCCCAAAUCGUGAUGGCUUUGAUAAUCCACUUUCGCAUUUCAAAACGAACAGUGACUGCCUUGUCAAGUUCGAUGGUCUGGAUGACACAUAUCGCCCAGUGAACUGGAAGGUUCACCAAAAGUUCUGCUACAACGCUAAUAAACGGAUCUAUGGGCGCGGCUUGGACGAGUUCAGUGUUCCCACCCAUAAUUUUGAAGUUGUUGAUCGAUUUUAUAUCGGAUAG